GUCGUAUAUAAGCCUCGUGCAGCGUUUAUGUUUUUUUAAAUUUCUGACCGUUACGCUUUUUAAAUUAGCUUAUUAGCUCGUCCACAGUGACACUCAAAAACCAACCGUUACAAUGGCGUGGAAACCGAUGGAAAUAAACCCUGAGAUGCUGAAUAUGGUGCUGAGUAAGCUGGGUGUGAAAACAGACUGGCACUUUGUGGAUGUGUUCAGCUUGGAGGAUGAUGCCAUUGCUGGGGUGCCCACGCCCUGCUGCGCCCUGAUGCUCCUCUUCCCUUUGACACAACAGCACGAGGAGUUUCGCUCCAAGCAGUCAGUUGACCCAUGUGAGGACAUCUAUUUUAUGAGUCAGACGGUGGAAAACUCUUGUGGGACGGUGGGAUUGGUGCAUGCCGUCGCCAACAAUCAGGAUAAACUCAGCUUUGAAGGGGAUUCUAUCUUGAAGAAAUUUCUAGAAGAAACAGCUGGACUGUCCCCCGACGAACGUGCUGAGAAGCUGGCGCAAAAUGAGGCAAUCCAAACAGCUCAUGAUGAAGUUGCUGCAGUGGGACGUUGUCAUCAAGAACCUGACAAUGUGAACUUCCACUUCAUCACGUUCGUCAAUGUAAAUGACCAGGUUUAUGAACUUGAUGGUAGAAUAAAGGGGCUGGUGAACCAUGGUGCAACAAGUCCGACCAGCUUUGUCGUGGAUGCUGCAAAGGCAUGUCAUGGAUUUAUAGAGCGAGAGAAAGGGGAGAUGCGAUUCUCUGCUGUGGCACUCUGUAAGGCCUGAAGAUGAGCUGUACCCUCCUAUUUACUGACCAAAAUCAUCCCCCUCCCUUUCAGGCGAGAGCACAUCAAUCCUCUGCAGUUCACACACUGGCUGCUUAUGAAUUUCGCACACAACUCAAUCGUUCCUCUAUAUCUGACUUUCUUCAUAACUGCCAGGCUUCUGUUCUGUUCAUUAUUUGUUGUAUUUGCACAAGUUGCCUAAUUGACACAUGUUCUUGUGAUCAGAUCUGUCUAAAUAGACUAAGGUUUUCAGCUAGUGAUCUUAAUGCUGAUCGGCUUAGGUUUUGGACGUGUAAAUUUCACCAGGAAAUCCUCAAUCUGGUGUAGAGCCCUGCUCAUCUUGGUGUAGGAAGAAUAGGUGGCAUAGGGAUUUGUGACGCUGUUCAGCACAAAUAUUUCCAGUUGUUGCUAAUAGAGGGACUUUCUAUUGCUGUGGUUACUGCUAAUGUAGUUAAAAAAAUAAAUAAAUGUGAAGAAACAA